CUUUUAAGUGAAGCAAAAAAGAAAGAGAGAGAAAAUCGGAAAAGGGUACACAGAAAGCCCACAAAAGCUGUAAGCAGUCAUUUUCAAGAAGGCUCUCGUUGUGCCAUUUUGGAAGAUCAAGAUCAACCCACCCCACCCUCCAACUGUUACAAUCUAGGGUUCUAACUUGGGAGUAAAGAGGUAAAAAAGAAGAAAUAAGAAAAAUGAGAAUCUUGGAGACCACCCAAUAGGCUGUAGGACAGAAUGGAAUUGAGGGGGACAGGAGUAAGAAGAGGUGAAAGGUUGAAUGAAAACAAGUAGGGUGGUGAGUGAGUGACUGAGUGAAUGAAUGAAAAAAGAAUAUUUUUUUGAGUUGGGUAGGCUGUACAAAAACAGCAGCAGCCGAGGGCCACUGUUAAUAUCAUACAGAUCUUUUAAUCUCCUUUCUGACCCAAACACUGCCACCCUCAUCACUGCAAUCCAGGCCUCUUAUAGGAUAGAGAGAGAGAGAGAGAUGAGCUGUUAAAGGCAAAUUCUUGGCUUGUUUCUUCUCUGUAUUUCCCUUUUCUAACUCUCAUCUCUAUUAUGUUUAAAGAUGAAAGAGUUUCAAGAAAGUUACCAUAAGGGUUCUUGAUUUAGAGGGUAAUCUUGGUGGUUGAAUUGGUGUACUAGCAAUAAAAAAAGAAGAAUUGCAUCAGUUUGUGUUUAGGGUUUUCUUUGAAGAUUCAUUGUUAGUACAGAUUGCAGAGUAGGAGUAGAGUGUGUGUGUGUGUGUGUAGACCAUCAUCAAAAGCUGUGUAAAAGGUGAAGUACAACGAUGGGUUAGGCUAAAACAGUGGUGGGCUUAGCCUUCUUGGGGGGCUAUUAUUUUAGCUUUAAGGCGAUGGAAUUUGGAAGGUUGAAUGGCAGUUGGAAGAGGCAAAAGCAGAUUUUGCAGCAGCAGAUUGUUAUUGUUUUUCAAGAACAAGAAGAGGGUAGUGGAAAAGAGCAGUGUAAAGAGAAAGCUUAAUCCACAGACUGAUAAGAAAAAGUCUUCUAAUUCAAAAGCUGGAACAAGAAAAGCACAAGGGUCUGACUCUGGAUCCUCAGAGGAAUCCGAAUCCGAAUCCUCAUCAUCGUCAUCUUUAUCAGAAUCAACGAAAUCAGGAUACAUCCACCUCAAGGCAUGUAGGAGAAGAGAACUCGGUAAAGAACCACCAUCAAGAACCAGUUUUGUAUCAAAGUCAGCUGCUUUAUGGGAGGGGAUUAGAUACUCACCACCACCAACCGUCGCUGGAGCCACCGCCGCCGCCGCCGCCACCCAAGAAACGGUCGUAUUUCACUUCAUCUUCACCCCUGGAGCCUGCAUCCGAACAUGCAAGAUUGCGAGGAAAAAUGGGUGAGAGCAACCAUCGUCAUUCAACAUCAUCAAGAUUAGGCCUGAAAACCAGUGUUGGAGAGAUUGUGGAGGUCCAAGGCGGUCACAUUGUCAGGUCCACCGGCAGAAAAGACCGCCACAGCAAAGUCUGCACAGCCAAAGGCCCCAGGGACCGCCGUGUUCGCCUCGCCGCACACACGGCCAUCCAAUUCUAUGACGUCCAAGACCGUCUUGGCUACGACCGGCCCAGCAAGGCGGUGGAUUGGCUCAUCAAGAAGGCGAAGGCGGCCAUUGAUGAGCUCGCGGAGCUCCCCGCCUGGCAUCCCACAAACUAUUACGCGCCAAAUGCAAGUUUUGGGCCAGAAGAUGCUCAGAAAAAGCUUGAAGAAGAAGAAGAAGAAGAGCACCAGGAACAACAUGGUAUUCACCAGGCUGAUUUAAUGGAUUCUAACGUUUCCGGGUCUGCAAGUAAAAGAGCAAUGGCGAUGCUGGGAGGCGAAGAUGAGAAUUCCAAUAGACAAAAUUCAAGCUUUUUGCCUCCAUCUUUAGACUCUGAUGUCAUUGCUGAUACUAUCAAGUCUUUCUUUCCAGUGGGUGCCUCGGAUGAGGCUAGUUCCUCAGCUAUGCAGUUCCAGAGCUUCUCUUCUCCGGACUUGCUCUCAAGAAGCAGUAGUCAUAGCCAAGAUUUGAGGCUCUCUUUGCAGUCAUUUCAAGAUCCAACUUAUCUUCACCACCAUACUCAGCAUCCUCAAAACCCCAGUAACCACGAUGAACAAGUCAAUUCACAAACACAUUUUCAAGGGCAAUUUCUACUGAGUGGCACUCCACUGGGGUUUGAUGGAACCGCCGGGUGGGCUGAGAACCACCAGCAGGCUGUAGAACUCGGCCGCUUCCAGAGGCUUGCAGCUUGGAAUGCUGGUGGGGAAACCGGCAGUGGGAGUGCCGGAGGAGCCGCAUCGGCAGGAUACUUGUUCAAUUCGCCACCAGCGCCGCAGCCGCUGCUGCAGCAGCUGUUCGGCCACAACCAGAUAUUUACACAGAGGGGACCCCUUCAGUCCAGUAACUCACCUUCAGUUCGUGCUUGGAUGGACCCAUCAGCGGUGGCAAUCUCCAACGCUGAUCACAGCCUACAACGGCCCCACCACCAUCCCGGAGUUCUGCCUGUCUAUCCAUCAUCAGUUUCCGGCAUUGGAUUUGCGUCCGGGUUCAGUGGAUUCCCCGGGUUUCACAUUCCUGCACGAAUUCAGGGUGAUGAUGAGGAGCGCGAUGGCUAUUCUGACAAGCCAUCCUCUGCUUCCUCAGAUUCUCGCCACUGAGUUUAACUCACAGAAACGAGUUUCCUCCUUUCUUCCAUUAAGCUUAAAAUUUUUCACCAGGAGAAAUCAAGAACAGGUAAAAGUUUCAGUCUUUCUGCCAUGGGAUGAUGUGGGAAAAGCUGAUGGAGGAAGUUCGAGUGAGCUUUACUCAAUGGCGGGUGCCGUUGGGCGAAGAAUCUGAUUGUAUUUCAGGUUUUUCGAUCCCGGUUUGCUACUUUAUGUUUCCUAUGCUAGUUUCAUGUUCCAUGCCUGAGUGCAAGCAGGGCUCGACUUUGUUUCGAGCCAUUUAAAUUUGCUUAUGCAUUCCGUUGUUAGACUUACUAUGUUUCUACUGUUUACUUGCUGUGUUGGUACUAUCCCAUCAGUUCAAGAGUCAUGAGUUGAGUAUUGAAGGGAGACAUGUUUCAAUUAAGUUAAGUAUUCACCUUCUUUCUUUGAUCUUUGUAGAACUAAUCCGUGUUAUCAAAAUCUAAUAUUUGUUUUCUGCUA